AUGGCAUGCUUAGAAAUGUACAACUUCAAUGGUGGUGGUGACAUGAGUCCUAGAAUCUCUUUCUCUAAUGAUUUCAUUGAGACUAGGCCUGAGACGACGAAGACGCCAAGGUCAAGCCCUCUCUCCAAACCAGAGGGUUCUUCCUCAGCUACUGAUAACUUCGAGUUCUCUGUCUCCGACUACACAAUGAUGCCUGCUGAUGAACUUUUCUCUAAAGGGAAGCUUUUGCCUUUCAAGGAGGCUAACCAAGUCCAGAGAACAUUGAGAGAAGAGCUCCUUGUUGAAGAUGAAGAAGAUAGUUCUCAUGAUGCUACCAACAUCUUCUCGCUCAAGCCACCUAUCUUCUCAUCUUCUUCCUCUAAGGGAAGGUGGAAAGGUUUUUUGGGGCUUAAGAGGACCCAUGUUGGGUCUAAGAGUAAUGAAGAACCAUUUGUUCAUAUGAUCAACAACAAACAGUCUCAGGAAGCAAUAGGUGGAAGAGAAGGCUCAAGUUGCAGGGACAUGAAGAAGAGUAUGUAG